AUGCCUUCACGAUGGCACCGACUACAGGUAUCCCAGAAGGGAUUGCCUCCUUUACUUUUCCAGUAUACCUGGACCCGACAAGGCUAUGAAUUCCACAUAACAGAUCUCACCUACAUCUGGUCAGAGCGACUAUCCAAUAUAGCGAUCACCAGGAGAGCAGAGGAAGAUGCCACAACAAUCGAUCCCGGAGAGGAUCCAGAACAACUCGAGGUUCUCCUAGAAAAAAUUGGAGAAGCUCUACAGAAAGGGAAAGAAUGCGCAAUCCUCAGCAGUGGAACACAACUCGACGCCCUUGAAAUUACAACGACAACCAAGUUACCCGCUCCGUUGAAGCCUCUAAAAUGGUCUUUGAAGUUAUCAAAAGAGUCCCCUUCAUCUUUGACAAGUCAGCUACUACUUCCGCUGCUGAAAGAGGAGGCGCAAUGGGAAUCCCGCCAACGUUCCCUCUUGCACCAACUCAAACAGAAAGACUAUGUACUUGGCAAGUUGUUUGAUAAAAUGGAAACACUCAGUGUUGAGCUAAGCUCCGUGUUUCCUAGCGCUGCCGGAUCGCGCACGUCUCGCAAGGGCAUCACACGCUCAGAGGCUGCUAGGUUCGUCAAGGGCAUUGCCCCGUUCGAAGAACAGACCUGGCUCGCUGAAGUAGGAUCAUCAGCUGAAGCAGGGCUGGCCACCAAUCUACUUGAAGAGAUAUCGGAAUCCGAUGAUUCUCCUAAACUAGAUACCUUGGCCCAACCGCAAGGUGAAUGGUGGCAUCAACUCGAGAAGCCUGAAAUUGGUGCUAGAGAAGCUUCCCCCAUCGAGCAGGAAGUUCAUAGCUAUGAAGCAGAUAAGAAGAAAACGGUUGCACCCAGACAUAUUGAUACUGAAUGGGACAUGGACGGGGACGCGACGGCAAGCAGCGACGACGAGUUUCAGCGACAAGAUACCCCUCCUAGACUGAAAAAACAAAUCAGAGACACGAUACCCUCACCCAAGCAGAAACCCAGAAAGAAGAGCCCGUCUCCAGUCUUGCCUUCAGAAGCAGACGAAGCCACAGCAUCAGACUCCGACUCCGAGCCUGAACCGGCACCGCGUCAAAGACGUAUUCCUAGUGUUUCAAAAUCACCACCAUCCUCUCCUCCAGUGAAAGCUCGAGAAGCACCUACAAGGCACAAGGGUGGAUUAGGCAUGAUAGGCGGUAAGAAGAAGCAAGCAAAAGAACCCUCGCCUAUCCCAGAACCUCCUCCUCCUCCCGCGCAAGCUCAAGCGGCCCCUCAAAGGCCAAAGGGCGGAUUGGGUAAGAUUGGCGGCAAGGAUAAGAAAGAACCAGAGCCUCAGCCUCAACCCCAACCCUCACCCUCCCCACCCACUUCUCCAGCCCCUGUUCGAGAGGCACCUAAAAGGCCCAAAGGUGGAUUGGGCACGAUAGGGGGCAAGAAAAAGCAAACAAAAGAGCCCUCGCCGACGCCAGAACCUUCCCCUCCAGCGCACGCUGACAACUCCCCCAAGCGCCAAGAAUCUCCAAAGUCCGAGGAGGAUGAACGUGUCACCAGUGAUUCUGUUCUUCCUACACCAUCGGCACCAGCAGCGCCUAAAGCUAAACGGUCCGGGAAACUUGGCAUGAUAGGCGGCAAAGCCAAAGCCAAAGCCCCGGAACCGGCUCAGGACAAGACUCCGCUGCCUACAUCUGAUACGGUGGUCAUGUCACCAGGGAGACCUUCGCCUGCCAAACCGGAGACUGAACGGCCAACUACAAAAAAGGAAGAGUCCCCGUUACCCCUACCAAAAAGAGAGACAGCUUCACCUGCGGAGCCUGAGACUGAAGAACAGCGGGCGGAUAGGAAGCGCGAGGAACUCAAGCGGUCACUCGAAGCUAAGAGCAAGGCUCCUGCAAAGAAGAAGCGGAGGUUUUAG